AUGAAGGUAAGGCAAAAUGAGUGCUACGAGGAGGAUUUUUGUAGGCGACAUUCUUUUGAGGCUGCUCAAGAGGAGCGAUUUUGUCUCCUUCAAGAUCACAUGACAACACAAGACACCUACUUUGAAGCUUUUGCCUCUUACGGCACUAAAAAUCUUAUUUGUAUACGCAGUGUGAUGGAUGCAAAUCAUAAUGCCACAAUCACAAGGAUAAAUCACAUAAUUUCUACUCAAAAUGAGGAUUAUUAUCACUACAUGCAAUUCUACCAGGAGAUGUGUGAUUUCUUGGAUUAUCAUUUUGGGAAUGAUGGACAAGGUUGGCAUAAUGGUGUGAGGCCAAUGCCUAGAGGCCGUGGAGGACAUUGA